AUGUCUUUCCUAUUGAGAAGGUUAUUCCGCAACCCUAAUCUUCCCCCAUUGGCCCACCCACUUUGGAUAUCACCUUCGCUGUCGGUUGCCCUGCGUCUCGCUAUCAAGACUUCUAUGUUCCGAGCUCUCAAAUUUCAAGCAAGGGGCUAUACUACUGGACUUGCUCGGGCUCGAGACGACGGUGGCGGGACCGAAGGCGCGUUUACGAGCAAGUUUUAUGAUGGAAAGGCCAGAAUCUGGGUUGCUGCCUCUCAGGCAGACUCAUAUAUGAAGCGCCAUUCCUGGGGCACGAAUCGAUUGUAA